UUUCUUCUCCGGAGUUCUGCGUACACGUCACAUACACCAUAUUAUUAUAGUUUAUCGAUUUCUACGUGUCCGAUCACACGCGGUUGUCGUCGACAUCAUUCACUCGUCAGCAUGAUUACAGCUCGUUUGAUCGUUUUAUCCUCGGCCCUCGUAAUUAUCGUCCCGGGCCACGUGUUCGGUGACCAAGUGAACGAUAUUUCGCCCUCAAAUUUUUCACCGGAGUCAAGAGAUAUUACGUAUCCGUGCAAAUGCCAAGAAAGCAAAUGCAGCUGUUGUAGCGGAAAUAUUCUUCAAAACUUUAACCUCAACAUACGGCAACGGCUGUGCACCAACAUAACAUAUAACGCCGAUGACUUUGAAUUCAACGUGCGUAUAUUGUUCAACGACUACACCGUUUACAAUAGAGAUGUAUCAGGUAGGAAUCCGAGACCCAUAUGCGUGCCGAUCUUCCCGCCAGCUUGGACCCGGAGCCGGGUGUGUUUGAAGUUCAGCAACGUGUACUUCGUGGGCCGCAACGUCCACGUGUGCUUGAGCUUGGAAGCACAGACCGAGAAAAAACCCGUGUUCGACGUCGACUUCAACUGCGUCCGUAUGGGUACCCAGGGCGUGGCGUUGCUGAAACCAGAGGAUGGAGGUGGUCUGGUACCUCCAUUGCCUCAAGAUCCGGCCGACGCUCAAGCGGAAGCAACGACGGCGGCGGCGGCGGCGGCAGUGGCUGUGGCCGACCCAACUUCGACGGUCGUGAAAAAAAACAAAGUCAAACCACCUCGCGUGCAGUGAGUUUGGCGAAAACUCGAUUUGCAUAAUCCAACACAAUCAUAAUUAAUAGAUAGUGUUAUAAUAUUAUUAUUCCGUGUCGCAUAAUAUUAUAUUAUGUAAUCGUGAAUGCUGAAAAAAUAAUAUUUUUAUAACUGGUAAAUAUUUGAGUAUCAGUCGAGUUGGUUCGUAUCAACGUUAUAUGUUAAUGUACUAUUUAUGAAUAUAUAUCGCAUGUACCUAUUCAUAUUAUUACGUAU